GGUGCCGCUUCCUUUCUGGCCAACUUGGCUGAAGUGUCACCCGGACCGUACCAACAGACUUUGGUAAAGUUUCUGCCCCGGUGCCCUCCCGGUCCUGACAUGGCUCCCAGCGCGCAACUGAAGGAGGCGAUAGCCGACGUGCAGGACGGCAUCCGUGCCAUCCUGCUCGGACCUCCCGGAGCCGGGAAGGGGACUCAGGCCCCUCGGCUAGCGGAGAAGUACUGCGUUUGCCACCUGGCCACCGGAGACAUGCUGAGGGCCAUGGUGGCUUCAGGCUCCGAGCUCGGCAAGAGGCUGAAGCAGACGAUGGAUUCUGGCAAACUGGUCAGUGAUGAGAUGGUCGUGGAGCUCAUAGAGAAGAACCUCGACACGCCGCCCUGCAAGAACGGAUUCCUGUUGGACGGAUUCCCCCGAACAGUGAAACAAGCAGAGAUGCUGGACGACUUGUUGGACAAGAGACGCGAGCAGCUCGACUCUGUGAUCGAGUUCAGCGUCGACGACUCUCUGCUGGUUCGCAGGAUCUGUGGCAGACUAAUCCAUCAGCCGAGUGGACGCUCCUACCACGAGGAGUUCAACCCCCCCAAAGAGCCCAUGAAGGAUGACGUGACAGGUGAGCCGCUGAUCCGUCGCAGUGACGACAACGAGACGACGCUGCGCUCCCGUCUGGACGCCUACCACCGGCAGACCUCCCCUCUGGUGAAGUACUACAGCGCCAGAGGCCUCCACACAGCCAUCGACGCCGCCCAGAGCCCCAACGUCGUCUUCGCCUCCAUCGUAGCUGCCUUCACCGCCGCCACGGAAAUCCCCGCUCGUGCCACCGCCUCUGGUUGAAUCCUGAGCUGCUCCAUUCCCACCGAGGCGAAGGAUUGGAGCUGGGAAAGAGCUUGGGGUGGGCGAACAAACGGAGGGCAGGGUUCAGACGUUUAAAGGGGGGGAAUUCAUUUCAUGAGUUAAGGUUAUUUUUUGCGGUGCUGUUGGGCUCUUACUUUGCAGCACAUUUCUAUGUCCUGUAGAUUUUUUUUACAGGAACGAACAAAGCCAUCUUUUUGUCCUCAUGUUUCCCCUUCUAAUAAACCGCUUGCUUUUCUACUAUCGUCA